CCCUUUCCUUUUUUUAGGACAUUUCACAGUUUUAUAUAAACAAAGCUAAUUUCAGUAUGCUGAAAAGGAAACAGAGUUCUAGGGUAGAAGCCCAGCCUGUAACAGAUUUUGGUCCUGAUGAAUCCUUAUCAGACAAUGCGGAUAUCCUGUGGAUUAACAAACCAUGGGUGCAUUCUUUACUCCGCAUCUGUGCCAUUAUCAGUGUCAUUUCGGUGUGCAUGAAUACCCCAAAGACCUUUGAGCAUUAUCCUCCCCUUCAGUAUGUGACAUUUGCUCUUGAUACGUUGCUGAUGUUUCUCUACACGGCAGAGAUGAUAGCAAAAAUGCACAUCCGUGGCAUAGUCAAGAUGGAGUUGGGAAAAGGUUGGAGGUUAACCACACCACAGCCAUUUCAGAUGUUCAAGGGGGAUAGCUCCUAUGUGAAGGACCGCUGGUGUGUAUUUGAUGGAUUCAUGGUAUUUUGUCUGUGGGUGUCCUUAGUUUUACAGGUUUUUGAAAUCGCCGAUAUAGUGGAUCAAAUGUCUCCUUGGGGCAUGCUAAGGAUCCCACGACCACUUAUUAUGAUUCGAGCAUUCCGAAUUUAUUUCCGCUUUGAAUUACCAAGAACGAGGAUAACCAACAUUUUAAAGCGUUCAGGUGAACAAAUUUGGAGUGUUUCCAUUUUCCUUCUGUUCUUUCUGCUUCUGUAUGGAAUUUUGGGGGUCCAGAUGUUUGGACCUUUCACAUAUCAUUGUGUAACAAAUGAUACAAAACCAGGAAACAUAACCUGGAAUAAUUUGGCAAUCCCAGACACACAUUGUUCAAAAGCAUCAGAAGAAGGUUACCAGUGUCCACCAGGAUUUGAGUGUUUGGACCUUGAAGAACUGGGGUUAAGCAGGCAGGAGUUGGGCUACAGCGGUUUUAAUGAGAUAGGAACAAGCAUAUUUACUGUUUAUGAAGCUGCAUCCCAGGAAGGUUGGGUCUUUCUGAUGUACCGAGCAAUCGACAGUUUUCCCCGAUGGCGCUCUUAUUUCUAUUUCAUCACCUUAAUUUUUUUCCUUGCCUGGCUUGUUAAGAACGUAUUUAUUGCUGUCAUCAUUGAAACAUUUGCUGAAAUCCGUGUGCAGUUUCAACAGAUGUGGGGUUCCAGAAGCAGUACAACUUCAACUGCAACUACUCAGAUGUUUCAUGAAGAUGCUACAGGAGGAUGGCAGCUGGUAGAUGUUGAUGUGAAUAAGCCUCAAGGAAGAGCACCAGCAUGUCUGCAGAGAAUGAUGAGGUCCUCAAUUUUCCAUAUGUUCAUCCUGAGCAUGGUAGCCGUGGAUGUCAUUGUUGCUGCUAGCAAUUAUUACAAGGGAGAAACUUUCAAGAGCCAAUAUGACGAGUUCUACCUUGCAGAGGUGGCCUUUACAGUCCUCUUUGAUCUGGAAGCUCUCCUAAAGAUCUGGUGCCUGGGAUUUACUGGAUACAUCAGUUCAUCUCUUCAUAAAUUUGAACUGCUGCUGGUUAUUGGAACUACUCUUCACAUUUAUCCAGUCCUCUACCAUUCACAGUUUACAUACUUUCAGGUGCUUAGAGUUGUUCGACUUAUCAAGAUUUCUCCUGCCCUGGAAGAUUUUGUAUACAAGAUUUUUGGACCUGGAAAAAAGCUUGGGAGUUUAGUUGUAUUUACUGCCAGUCUAUUAAUUGUAAUGUCAGCCAUUAGUUUGCAAAUGUUCUGUUUCGUGGAAGAACUAGACAGAUUUACCACAUUUCCAAGGGCUUUCAUGUCAAUGUUUCAAAUUCUGACACAGGAAGGAUGGGUGGAUGUCAUGGAUCAGACUCUCAAUGCUGUGGGUCACAUGUGGGCACCAGUCGUUGCUAUUUACUUUAUUUUAUAUCAUCUUUUUGCUACCCUGAUUCUGCUGAGCUUGUUUGUUGCAGUUAUUCUAGACAACCUGGAACUUGAUGAAGAUCUAAAGAAACUUAAACAACUGAAACAAAGUGAAGCAAAUGCAGAUACCAAGGAAAAGCUCCCAUUACGCCUACGGAUAUUUGAAAAAUUCCCUAACAGGCCUCAAAUGGUAAAAAUCUCCAAGCUCCCUUCAGAUUUCACAGUUCCCAAAAUAAGGGAAAGCUUUAUGAAGCAAUUUAUUGAUCGACAGCAGCAAGAUACAACUUGUUUAUUGAGAAGGCUUCCAUCAGCUUCUUCUUCCUCCUGCGAUCACUCUAAAAGGCUGGCAACUGAAGACAAAUACAUUGACCAGAAGCUUCGCAAAUCUGUUUUCAGCAUUAGGGCAAGAAAUCUUCUGGAGAAGGAGUCUGCAAUCAAUAAAAUUCUUAGAGCCUGUACUCGUCAGCGUAUGCUUAGUGGAUCUUUGGAGGGACAGCCUGCAAAAGAACGAUCUAUUCUUAGUGUUCAGCAUCAUAUACGUCAAGAACGCAGGUCACUAAGGCAUGGCUCCAACAGUCAGCGAAUCAGCAGAGGAAAGUCUCUUGAAACAUUAACUCAAGAUCAUUCUAAUACAGUGAGGUACAGAAAUGCACAAAGGGAAGACAGUGAAAUAAAAAUGAUCCAAGAAAAGAAAGAACAAGCAGAAAUGAAAAGAAAAGUUCAGGAAGAAGAGUUGCGGGAGAAUCACCCCUAUUUUGACAAGCCUCUUUUCAUAGUGGGUCGGGAACACAGAUUUAGGAAUUUCUGCCGAGUUGUCGUGAGAGCUCGCUUUAAUGCCUCUAAAACAGAUCCUGUUACUGGAGCAGUUAAAAACACAAAAUAUCAUCAACUUUAUGAUUUGCUGGGAUUGGUUACUUAUCUAGACUGGGUAAUGAUCAUUGUCACCAUCUGUUCCUGUAUUUCAAUGAUGUUUGAAUCCCCUUUUCGAAGAGUAAUGCAUGCACCUACUUUACAGAUUGCUGAAUAUGUUUUUGUAAUAUUUAUGAGUAUUGAACUUAACUUGAAGAUUAUGGCUGAUGGAUUAUUUUUUACACCAACGGCAGUCAUCAGAGAUUUUGGAGGUGUCAUGGAUAUUUUUAUAUACCUUGUAAGCCUGAUAUUUCUUUGCUGGAUGCCUCAAAAUGUUCCUGCUAAAUCAGGAGCUCAGCUGCUAAUGGUUCUACGGUGUCUUCGGCCCCUCCGGAUUUUUAAACUGGUGCCUCAGAUGAGAAAAGUUGUUCGGGAACUAUUUAGUGGCUUCAAAGAAAUCUUUCUAGUUUCAAUCCUUUUAUUGACGUUAAUGCUUGUUUUUGCAAGCUUUGGAGUUCAACUUUUUGCUGGGAAACUGGCUAAGUGCAAUGAUCCUCAUAUAAUUGCAAGAGAAGAUUGUCAUGGUAUAUUUCGAAUAAAUGUAAGUGUUUCCAAAAAUUUGAAUUUGAAGCUAAGACCUGGUGAAAAAAAGCCUGGAUUUUGGGUGCCUCGGGUCUGGGCUAAUCCUCGAAACUUUAACUUUGACAAUGUUGGUAAUGCAAUGCUGGCAUUAUUUGAAGUUCUGUCAUUAAAGGGGUGGGUAGAAGUCAGAGAUGUUAUCAUUCAUCGUGUGGGUCCGAUUCAUGGCAUCUACAUUCAUGUUUUUGUAUUCCUGGGCUGCAUGAUUGGACUCACCCUUUUUGUUGGAGUUGUCAUUGCUAAUUUCAAUGAAAAUAAGGGAACAGCUCUACUAACCGUUGACCAGAGGCGAUGGGAAGAUCUGAAGAGCAGAUUAAAGAUAGCACAGCCUCUUCACCUCCCACCACGCCCAGAUAAUGAUGGAUUCCGAGCUAAAAUGUAUGACAUAACCCAACACCCAUUUUUCAAGAGAACCAUUGCAGUUCUUGUACUGGCCCAAUCUGUGCUAUUAUCUGUUAAGUGGGAUGAUCAAGAUCCAGUAACUGGUCCAUUAGCUGCAAUGUCAGUGGUCUUCACCUUCAUAUUUGUUCUAGAGGUUACGAUGAAAAUUAUUGCUAUGUCACCUGCUGGAUUUUGGCAGAGCAGAAGAAAUCGUUAUGAUCUUUUGGUGACAUCAUUAGGGGUCAUAUGGGUGAUUCUCCACUUUGCAAUAACGAAUGCCUAUACAUAUAUGAUGGGAGCAUGUGUAAUUGUGUUCAGGUUUUUUUCAAUCUGCGGAAAGCACGUGACUCUGAAGAUGCUGCUGCUGACAGUAGUUGUCAGCAUGUACAAAAGUUUUUUCAUCAUUGUAGGAAUGUUCCUACUAUUGCUUUGCUAUGCUUUUGCUGGAGUAGUUUUGUUUGGAACUGUGAAAUAUGGAGAGAACAUUAACAGACAUGCCAACUUUUCAUCAGCUGGCAAGGCCAUUACGGUACUCUUCAGAAUAGUCACAGGAGAAGACUGGAACAAGAUAAUGCACGAUUGCAUGGUUCAACCUCCUUUUUGUACUCCAGAUAACAGAACAUACUGGAAAACAGAUUGUGGGAAUUAUGCCGGUGCUCUUAUGUAUUUCUGUUCAUUUUAUGUCAUCAUUGCAUACAUAAUGCUGAAUUUGCUCGUGGCUAUAAUUGUGGAAAACUUCUCUUUAUUUUAUUCUACUGAAGAAGAUCAGCUCUUAAGUUAUAAUGAUCUUAGGCAUUUUCAGAUUAUAUGGAAUAUGGUUGAUGACAAAAGGGAGGGAGUAAUUCCUACUUUCCGAGUCAAGUUUUUGUUGAGGCUAUUGCGUGGAAGACUGGAGGUAGAUCUGGAUAAGGACAAACUUCUCUUCAAGCAUAUGUGCUAUGAAAUGGAGAGGUUGCAUAAUGGUGGAGAUGUAACAUUCCAUGAUGUACUGAGCAUGCUCUCAUAUAGAUCGGUUGACAUCAGAAAAAGUCUUCAGCUGGAAGAACUCCUUGCGAGGGAACAACUGGAAUACACCAUAGAGGAAGAGGUUGCCAAGCAGACGAUACGCAUGUGGUUGAAAAAAUGCUUGAAGCGCAUUAGAGCAAAACAACAGCAAUCAUGCAGUAUCAUCCACAGCCUCCGAGAGAGUCAACAGCAGGAAUUAAGCCGUUUCCUAAAUCCACCAAGCAUUGAGACAACACAGCCAAGUGAAGAUAUGAAUGCUAAUAACCAGGAUAACAAUGCACAGCCUGAGACAAGUAGUGAACAGCAGCUGCUUAGCCCCACCCUUUCUGACAGAGGUGGAUAUCGACAAGAUUCUGGUGAUUCUGGUAGACCUCAGCGAAAGUUUGGACAAUGGCGUUUGCCAUCUGCCCCAAAACCAAUAAGCCAUUCAGUGUCUUCAGUCAACAUAAGAAUUGGUGGUCGGACAACUAUGAAAUCUGUUGUGUGCAAAAUGAAUCCUAUGUCAGAUGUGGCUUCGUGUGGAUCAGAAGUUAAGAAGUGGUGGACAAGGCAACUUACUGUAGAGAGUGACGAGAGUGGAGAAGACCUGCUUGAGAUCUGAUUGGGAAACAGUUCCUGUCAAAGACACACUUAUGCAACAUAACUGUGAAGGAAUAGCAUCUCUGGACAUUGCUGCUUUUUAAUAAGCAGUUCUAAUUGAUUGUUUAUAUCAAGAUAAGCUUUGGAACUCACUGUCCUUCAACUUGGCAAGAUUUACUACUUAAUGUUUAUUUUGAACAUCCAUGAUUAUUAAUGAGCAACAUAAAUGUUCAGAAAAAAUAGACGAGUUUUGGCCUUGUUCCCAUACAUCAUGAGAAACGCCUCAGGCUCUCAGGCAGGACUUCCUACUUUCCAGCAGACUUUCAAUAUUGUUUCUCAGCGAAUAUUUGAAAUGUCAGGUUUGUCUGAAAGUAUAUUAUUGUUGCUUGCUAAAAUUUGGGAAACAGCAACACAGGGCUAAUAGUAAUAUACAACAUGUCAUGAUGUGUACCAGGUUGAUAUUCUAUUUUAAUAGUAUAGGUAAGUUAUGAGGAACACAACAUUUUUAUUUAGAGACACUGGGACACAAUUGUUGUGGAAGUAAAAGCACCCCAAAGAAAAUAUUGGUAUGGACAUGCUGCUAGUGUUUCACAUCACUGAAUAUUUUUGUUUAGGUCAGGGUAGGUGACUUCUUUCAAGCUAAGAUACAUGUUGAAUGGUUGGGUUGGACUGUAAUCCCAAAAAACAGAUAAACCAAGAUAAAAACUAAGAUACUUUUAAUUUGAUUAUAUUUAUUUUAGUUAAAUUAUUUCCUAUUACAUAUGGUUAAUAGGAUUACUCUGUGUGUAUUUUAUAAUUUUCCCUUUUUUCAAAUUAAAUAUUGCAGUUUUAGUAGCAAUUUUUUGAAAAUUUCGGAGGAUACCAUGCAAUACACUGACCUCAGGUUGUGCUUCUCUUAUUGAGAUAAAUAGUAUUCCUAGGUUAAUUCACAGGUAUCCUUGUCUAUGUAUAUCACUCGAUCAUUGAAAACAAACAAUAUUUCAUGUAUUUGAUUUGUGUUAAAGUUUACAUACAGAGAUAGUGGGACAAUACUUUCUCUGAUAUUGUCAGGAUUCCCUUUGCCCUAAAAUAAUAAUUUAAACAAAAUGGCAACAACGUUGAUUUUUUUUUUCCUAUAGUAUUCUACCCAUCAAUAUCAGUGUUGUUUAAUGAUCUGGAAUUAGAAAGAGGUGAUUAUUUAUUUUCUGUUUUUACAAUAUCUAUAUUUUAAUAUGCAAGCAUAAUGUGGUUGGUUUAAAAAUAGGGUUUCAUUGUUCAUAUUUAUAAUGUGCUUAAUUGAAGUUCACUGAUUUUUAUCAGUGCACCUGUUUAAUAAGUUCCCUGCUUUUUCAUCUCUGUUAAUAUCUUAUCAUCUAUUAGAAAUGAAACAAAAAUAACCAAUGUAGAUGUAACUACUUAACUACAUUCUGUACAUACAUACAUAUGUAUAUCCAUCCAUCCAUCCAUACAUACAUACAUACAUACAUGCAUACAUACAUACAGGUUCAUACUUGAUAUUGGGUAUAAGACUCAUGGCAGGCCUAGAAAGAAAUCUGAUUUUGUGCUUCAUUAUCCUUGUUAGAAAUUGUUUUUCUCAGAGAUUAUUUCUAACUCAGUAUUUAAAAAUUAUUAUAUUAUUAUAUAUAAGUAAUUAUAUACUUAGUCAUUAAGUAUAUUAUGUGAGAUUAACUAAAGUAUGCUCUUGUAAGUAAUCUAUUUUCUAGUCAUGCUUGAAAUGUCUUUUUUAAAAAAACAAUACUUUGAUACCAAUCACUAUUAAGGUAAGUAUGAAAUAAUGCAUUAAGAAAAGAAAAUAGUUGACAAUUCUAAGAUUCUACUUAUAAAGAUUCUGAAUUCCAGAUAUUUAAUGAAUGAGAGCAAAUGAACGUUUUAGGAGCACACAAUUAUGAACCUUCAUUAUGCAUCUAAGUAUCAUAGAAAAAUGAGCCAGACACAUGAGCAUUGGGAGAAAUUAAAGAUUAUGAAGGCUGGAGAAAAACUUGGCUCUAAUCACUGCUCUGUUUCAACUACUCAAUUAUAGGCUAUAGAAAUGAAAAUCCAGCAACUGACAGGGAUCAUUAUCUCUCAUCUCAAGAGUAAGGACAAAUAGACCAUCCUCCUAAUUUUAGUUUUGUAUUGGCCACAGUAAUGAAGAGUAUGUCUUUACUACCUCUGAAGUGCUUUUACCUUCACCACAAUCACUCGUUCAAAACUUGAACCAGGUGGUUUUUAAAUACAAAAAUGGAAGAGUUAAGAUUUUCUUCAAUUUGCCUGUGAAGGAUAAAGUUUGGCAGGCAUCAUAACUGAUCAGAAUAUGAGAUCAGGCAAUGGUUCCUCCAGAAAGUGUGACCUUUUUUUUGUAUGUCUUUGCAUUGUGCUUUAAUGGUGUGCAAAAUAUUUUAUAUUUGAAGCUUUAAUGUAUGAAAUUUCACAAAAUGUCCUGUUCUGGGUGUAAAACUGCUGUUUCAAAUACGAAACAAUCUGUUCUGAGCAUUUUGGAAUUUUCUUUGAGCUAUAAACAGAGGCAUUCUGAGUAUUUUGAAUGUUUGUUUCCAAACCAUAGAUGAACGUCAUAUGUAGUAUGACCAAACGACAGCCAUCUUACUAUUUCUAUCAAACAAUUAAAUGUAUGGGGAGGAAGAGAAAGGAUUCUGAUGCCUACACAUAAACAAUAGUGUUUGUAGGGUUUUGUAUCUGCUUUCCAACAGUGGCAUCUUUGGGGUGAGAUCUUUGCCACUACCAUCAUUUCCUAUGGAAAAUACGUUGCACUACUAUGACAAGUCCAGCUUGAAAGCACCAGAAACAUAAGAGUUCACCUUAAAAAAACCUAAAAACUGUAAAUUGUCCAUGUUCUCCAAGAGCCUUAUGGACAUAAAAGUCCCAGCAAAACUAACAAUCUUGUGUUAGGUUGAUGCACGCUUUUGUUCUUAAUGCAGGUUUUAUUUUAACCAAAAGAUAUGUAUCCACAGACUUGUAUUGCAUUUGAUUAUUUUUGGUCACAGAUUACUGUCUUUAUGUAGUUGUCUAUGUGUACAUUUUGCUGUUUAGAGUUAACAUUUACAUGGAAACUUCCUACAAUCUGUUUACCAAACCUGUGCAUUUUGUUGUUUAAACUAGAUUACAUCAAAAACCAUCAGAAAAUAUCAUUCCUACUAUUGUCAAAAAUAGUUAUUUGUCUUUUCUUUUAUGUCUACUUUAACUUAAUAUUUUUUUAGAAAAAAAAUAAAAAACAGGAGCGAUAUUCAGAUUUAUAAAA